AUGCCUAAAAAAAAAUUAAUAAAUCGUUCAAUCCGAAAUUCUUAUACAGCAAAAGAAAAAUUAGAUGUUGUUACUUAUGCAAAAAAAACUGGUAUAAGAACAGCAGCGAGGAAAUAUAAUAUCGAUCAUUCUAUGGUUUUACGUUGGAAAAAAGAAGAAGAAAAGUUGAAAACUGCACAUUCAAAAGCUCGAAAAAUUGGUACCGGUUGCCAUCCACACUAUCCAGAUGUCGAAAUUGUUUUAAAACAAUGGAUUCUUGAAUUACGGCAGAAUGCAUUUUGCGUAACAGCUAAUAAUGUUAAGACACAAAUGAAAUAUUUGUUAGAAAAUGAAUUUAAUGAAAAAUAUCCAAAUUCUAGUGGAAAUUUAAAAAAACCACCUUACAAACUUAUAUGCAAAUGGAUUCUUCAAGCUUGGGAAGAGAUAUCAAGUCAAAUGAUUAUAAAAUCUUUUCUAAAGUGUGGCAUUUCCAAUGCUGAUAAUGGCUCACAAGAUCAUUUUCUAUAUGAAUUGGAUGAAUCGGAUAAGGAACAAAAAAGAGAAGAAAAAGUAGUACAUUUAUAUAAUGAAUCGGCAACAGAAAUAGAAUUCAAUAAUAAUAAAGAUAGCGAAGAUGAAUAA